AUGGCAGACUCUUCUCAACUCACCGGCGACGGUACCAACACACAGACGACUCGCAAUGUGCUGCUCAAGCGUAAUCCGCACCUACGCGGCAAUGAUACGUCGUCCCCGGCGGGAUUCGGCGGUCUCGGGACGCGUCAAUUCCUUCAGAAGCAGCGCAUGACCCCAGGGUCCGCCACUUCAGCGUCCUCAUUCGAAGAAGGGGCGUCCUACGACGCAUUCUCGGAUGCUGGCACGCCUGCGUCCGAGCACAAGAGUCUCACUGUCAAGACGGAGUCUAGCGAUGUCACCCGUGCGGGGAACAAGCAGCCGACCAAGAGACUGUCGUCUCCGAGUCGCGAGUCACUUGCGCGACGUUGGAUUGGAGGAGAUAUGUCCACCCAGACGAUGGUGCCGCUUUCGCCGAGAUCGACGAAAAUCACGCGACGUAUUGUAACGUCGCCGCGCAAGACAAUGCGACGUGUCGUUCUGCGCAAGACGGGAGCAGACGGGAAGGUCCACGAACAAGUUCAGUAUGUGGACGCUGACGGACAAGUUGUCCAACAGUCUGGCAAUUUUUUCAAUGAGACGACAAGUUCUGGACGGACAACUGUCACUACACCAGCAAAAACUGUACGACGAGUGCUAGUCCGUCGAACGGGUGCGGACGGAAAAGUCCACGAAGAAGUCCAGUUCCUUGACGCCGAUGGAAACGUCUAA